CAAAUUGAUACUGCAGUAAGAAAGAAGAAUGGAGGAAGGAAACGUUGACUGUUGUUUAUUGUUUUUCAUGUUGAGCCCUGGGAGAUCAACAUAAUAAAGUUUUGUGUGGGAUGAAUGAAACUGUCAAACAUAUCGACAUCUCUACUGAAAACUAAGAAAUGGAUAAAAAUUUCUUCCACCAACAAAUAAAACAAAUCGACUUCAAAAC